AUGAUACAGUGUAAGAUUUGGCUGCUACUUUUAACUUUAUUUAGUUCAGAACUUUUGAACUUGUUACGAGGUUUUGGAGGUUUCUAUAUUAUAUCACUUUUCUCUGUUCAGUCUUGCAAGAAUUUGGCCAAGGACGGCGAAGGCGAUUCUUCGGACAAACAUGGCUGCAUCAGGUUGCCUUCAUUCACAGGGGAUGCAGGUCUGUGGCUUGCCCAGGUGGAGUCGCAUUUUGCCGCACAUGCCGUUCCUCCACAGCAGCAGUUGCAUCUGCUAUAUUCGAGUUUGCCUUCCCGACUUGCCACAUCGGUCAGGGAUCUCAUAAUGAGUCCCCACCCUGACGCCACAUACGCGUCAGUAAAGGCCGAAAUCCUCCGCCGCAACACGCGGUCGGAGGAGAGUCAAUUCAAUGAGCUGAUGGCCGACGAACAGUUGGGGGACAGGACUCCAUCCCAGUUCCUGCGCCACCUAAGGGAGCCAAGCGGCAACGCAGCGGACGCUCCGCUCUUACAGAGGAUUUUCUUCUCCAGGUUGCCUGCCGACAUGCAGACAAUGUUGGCCACGGUACUGGUGUCUGUGUCAGUAGACCAGAUUGCCACGAUGGCCGAUAAAAUAUUGGAAUUUCCGAAACCAUCUCCAUCGCGAGGCCUGUGCGCAUGUACAGAGCCCCCUCCGACAGUUUCUCCGACGCAAAAUUCACUAGCCGAGUGGCUCGAUACGCUCACGUGGCGAAUCGAUGAUCUGUGCCGUGCGAUCGGGCGCCGACCACGCAGUUGUAGUCGCAGUGGCUCUGCCGAAAAGGCAGAAUGGUGUACCCAGCUGUGCACUUUUCAGCCCUCGGGAAGCUAA